AUGGGCUUGUCAAGUCGGGGCGUAGUCAAGCUAUUGGCUAUAUUAUCGCGGCCCAUUCAUACACCAGGUACCGUCCAAGGGCAAAUUUCUCCGCGCUGUCCUGUGCCUUCGCGACUCUGCUGGCUUCAGCUCUACUACUUACUUUCAUUUCAUUUACACCGCCGUCUUCUCUGCUGUGUGCUAAUCUGUCUUAUCUUCUUUUUUAUGUUAAAUCAAGUAUCAUUCAUUAUAGCCCUCAGACCUCCAUCCAUUAUUUCCCAAGCUUUUAAGAAUUCAGGAAACUUCAUGCAUGAUCUUGUUUUGCCGGCACCAAGUGCAACAUCUGUUGGAGGUCUAGUCGCCGUCUUUAAGUUAGGGGAUGAGACACCAGCUGAUGUCUUAAUUGGCAACCUUGUUCGCCAAACGCCUAGCAUUCCGGCAGAACUACUUAAUCAUACCUCUGCCACAGCCUUGCUGGACUCAAAAGAUGUAGCGCCGCGUCUUCUUCGCUUAACGGAUACCGGUGAUUUAUUCACUCGACAAGUAAUUGAUCGAGACAACGUAGAGACCGUGUGUGGACCACUGGAUUGCUGCCAACUGGCUGUGUGUAAUCUAACCUUCCAUGUGGUGUUUUUCUUUAGACUCUUUAACGAUGCUUUCUCCUUGCUGGUUCACAUCUACAUCUAUGACGCAAACGACAACGCUCCAAUCUUUCCUAACCCCAGUGGAUAUGCACUUCUGGCUUCGGCAGAUAAACCAGUUGAUCUUAACAGUAAUGGUGACUCAUUCUUUGAGCCGAAUGAGCCGUCAAUAACUCUAUGGCUGCCAGAAGACGAAACUGCAGAAAAUGGAAAAGGCCACAGUCUACCUACGGCCAUAGAUCUGGACUCUCAAGCCAACAGCAUUAUUGAAUACCGGUUAACAGGGCCUUCAGUAAAUGCAGGUCUCUUCCGACUGAAGCAAAUGCAAGCAAAGAAUGCAGAUGCCAUCCCAACUUUGGUGGUAGGACCAAAUGCUCGACUCGACUAUGAGAAGCAUGAGAUGCGACGAUUCCAUCUUCAACUAGAAGCCAUCGAUGGUGGCCGGCCUGCACGUGUGGGUCGUAUAAAUAUUGUGGUUCGGGUUACUGAUGUGAAUGACAAUCCUCCAGUAUUUGAGCAUUCUGCAAUCAGUAUUUAUUUAGAAGAAGCCAAGCUUUAUGAAGAACCAGUCUACCGUGCACGGGCAUUUGAUGCUGACUCACGAGAGAACAGUAAGCUGCGAUAUAUUCUGGCUGCCGGCUUCCCUGAUCUUGAUGACGUGCUAUUGGAUAAAUUUCGAUUAAACCAGCAUACCGGUGACCUUAUUCUUAGACUUCCCCUUGAUUACGAGCGCUUCCAAGAGCGUCGUUUUGUCCUCCCUAUAGUGGCUGCGGAUGCCGGGCUACCAAGCCUCUCCGCGACGGCAAGUCUUACCAUUAAUGUGGUGGACGUAAAUGACAAUAUCCCAGAGCUAGUGGUGCAACAGAAUUUUACUGUUCCAGAAAAUGGUCCACCAGGUAGCCUAGCCUUACGCCUUGAAGUGCGUGAUGCUGAUGAAGUGUCUCGGCAUAAAGUCACCUGCAACGCACCAGCUCAGGCGGAGUUGCCUCUACGGCUGGUUAAGGAGGCCGGUGAAUCGGUCCUCAAAGUCUACGUUACAGCAACUCUUGACUAUGAAAAGACUCCAUAUCUAACCUAUCAAAUUGUGUGUGUUGACAAUGCCGAACCAGUGCAAACUCAUACAAUUCAUGUAACAGUGUCUGUUGGUGACCUAAAUGAUAACUCUCCUUUCUUCUGCAAUUCAGAGGGCCUCAUCACAGAAGCCUACAACUUGACUUUGCGAGAAGAUGAAUUAGUAAAUAGGGUGGUAUUGAGUGCCAAGGCUAAAGAUAUCGAUAGUCAAGAAAACGCUCGGCUAACUUACCGACUAUACACUUCCACACCAAAUAAUUCUAGCAGAGUCGGCAAAGCGGAUAGUGACCCAGAAUAUUUUCACAUUGGAAGCAAUACAGGAGAAGUGAUGCUACGCCAACCACUCGACUAUGAAACCAAGCAGCGAAUGGAUCUGAUUAUCGAGGUGCACGAUAAUCCAACUACUGGUAAGGCUUUAACAGCAACCGCAAAGUUGGCCGUCAGUGUGUUGGACGUUAACGACAAUCAGCCCGAGCUGGUAUCACCGAGUGAGCUCAGACUUCGUGAAAAUCAGCCUGCAGGCACACUAGUGGGGCAUGUAAAGUUUAUUGACCAUGACAGCGGCCCAGCUGGUGAGGUUAAAAUUUAUCCUGGGUGGCCACAGGUAAGAAAGUCGCCUAAAGCUGCUCCUUAUGGCCGUUUUAAUCCAGAGAAUCAGUAUCCACUAGGACUACUCGAAUAUCACUACAACUCCGUUGGAAGGCCAGAACCUUCUGGUCAUCUUGCCUUCUCCGAUUCAGUAGCGUCACAAUUCUUUGAGCUCAAUUUAGAGUCAGGUCAACUCAUAACUUUGGCCCAAGUUGAUCGUGAGAGCUUUGCUAUAAUUUUUUUAGAGGUGAUUGCCAUGGACAAUGGCAAGCCAACUCAAAAUAGCGUUACUGUUACUUUGACUGUGAGCAUUGUGGACGAGAAUGACAACCCACCUCGGCUACUAAAACCACAUUCUGGGGAAUUACUUACACUUCCAGCAAUGAGAAUGCAUGUAUCGAAUGAAGAAAUCUUUGAUAAGAAGGAUCAAGUAUUGAUGCGUUUACAGGCAUAUGAUGAGGAUCAAGAAGAGAAUGGUCGCAUUACCUACAGCUUAGCUGAAACUUGUAAUGCCUCAGAUUUUUUGAAAGUACAGCCAAACAAUGGCCACCUUUUAAUAAAAAAUAUAUGGAAAUCUAAACUAGACAAGAGCACAAACAAAACUGACUUGGUUCACGCUGUGUCGACUAGAGAGGUGUUAGUUCCUGAUCCUGGAAUUUAUCUGAUUUGUGUACAUCUAAAAGAUAAUGGCCUUCCAUCGCUUAGCAGUGAGGCUUCAUUUUGGCUGCGCAUUGCUCAGCCGGCCAGC